CUGAGGACCCUCCUAACCAUGAGGCUGCUCGCCCAAACCCUCAGCGUUUGCCUGGCCCUCUCUCUCAGCCUGGCAGCUCCGUCACUAUUUGAUGGUCCUAAACCAGCAGAUCACCAUGUUAUGGAGAAACACCAUGAUGCCAAAAUAGACCGCUGUCAGGGUGUUGAGUUUGAUGCCAUUGUUCCUGAUGAGCACGGAGUCACCUUCUUCUUUAAAGGUGACCACAUGUGGACUGGAUUUCAUGGAGACGCUGCGCUGUUAAACCACACAUAUAAGGAGCUGAGCCACACAAACGCAGCGUUCCGCAUGCACCACCCAGAUAGCGCUGACCAUGACCAUGUCUUCUUCUUCCAGGGUGAUAAAGUGUUUAGUUAUUAUCAGCACAAGUUAGAAGAGGGCUAUCCCAAAAAUAUUCCUGAGGUUUUCCCUGGCAUCCCCAAUCACCUGGACGCAGCAGUGGAAUGCCCCAAGGGAGAGUGUGUGGCUGAUUCUGUUCUAUUCUUCAAGGAUAACAAGGUGUACCAGUUUGACACCAGGAAUAAGGAGGUGAUGUUGAGGCAGUGGUCUCACCUGCCUAACUGCACGGCAGCCAUGCGCUGGCUGGAGCACUACUAUUGCUUCCACGGACACAACUUCACCCGCUUUCACCCAGUGACCGGCGCUAUAGUGGGCAACUACCCCAAAGACACCCGGAACUACUUUAUGCGCUGUGCCAAAUUUGGCCAUGGCAGUAAUGACACAGAGAGGGAACGCUGCAGCCAUGUGCACUUGGAUGCCAUCACCUCUGAUGACCUUGGAAAAGCCUAUGCUUUUAGAGGAAACUUCUACCUGCGAUUGAGUGAUCGUCAGACUGAUGGCUGGCAUGCCUUUCCAAUAAGCAGCACCUGGAAGGAAAUUGAGGGUGAUGUGGAUGCAGCGUUCUCAUAUGAUGGCAAGCUUUACAUCAUCAAGGGAGAGCAGUUAUUCAUCUAUAAGUCUGGAGCAGACUAUGCCCUUAUUGAAGGCAACCCCAAACCUCUCAAGGAUGAGCUAGGUAUCGAGGGCCCUAUAGAUGCUGCAUUUGUUUGCGGAGACCAUGAUGUUGUACAUGUUAUCAAAGGUCGGAAAAUGUAUGACAUUAACCUCAAUGCCACACCGCGAACUGUGCAGAAGGAUGCCCUACUGCCCUUCCCUAGGGUGGAUGCGGGGAUGUGCGGCCCAGACGGGGUGAAAGUGUUUGUGGGGGCUCAUUACUUUCGGUACAAAAGCCCCAUGCUUCUAUCACACAGCCGAAUACGUCCACAUCCACAAAGAAUCUCUCUGGAGCUGCUAGGCUGUGACCACUAGAGGGACAGAAAUAUUAAGAAACUGGUAGUGGUAGAGGUGCAGG